AUGUCAACAACACAACACAACUACAAUCUUUCAGCAAGAAGUUUUACUCGUUCAAAAAAUCAGUCAGGAAAACCCAACUCAAGUAAUCUUAAAAUGGAUGCUAAACCAUUUUGUAAAUCAAAACAAAAACAAAAAAAAGCACAACAAGUCGAAGAAUUUGAUGAAGAACCACAACCCAUUUCUCCAAAACAAGAGGUUGAUGAAUUAAUUCCAGAAGAGAAGAAAGAAAUUAUUAUAAGUGAACAAAAACCAACAGAAGAAGAAAAAACAAAGAAAAAACAAUCUAAGAAAGAACAAAAAAGGGAAAUGAUGAAAAAAAAAGUUCAAGAGACUCAAGAAGAGGAUGAAGAAAUUGCAGUAGAAACACCAAAAGAGGAUGAGUGGAUUGACGCAGUAAAAAAAGACAAAAAAGGAGAAUCAAAAAAACAACGUAAAAAGAAAGAAGAAGAAGAAAAGAAAAAGAGAAAAGAAGAGGAAGAAAGAAAGAGAAAAGAAGAAGAGGAGAGAAUUAAAAAAGAAGAAGAAGAGAAAGCAAGAAAAGAAGAAGAGGAGAGAAUUAAAAGAGAAGAAGAAGAAAGAAAGAGACAAGAAGAGGAGGAGAGAAUUAAAAGAGAAGAAGAAGAAAAAGCAAGAAAAGAAGAAGAAGAAGAAAAAGCAAGAAAAGAAGAAGAGGAAAGAAAGAGAAAAGAAGAAGAAAUCAAAAAUAUAUUUACAAGGACAUUAAAAGAAUCAAAGAAUGAAGGAGGGAAAAGAUAUAAUUUAAGUGAAAUGGAAAGUUAUAGAAAGUGUGCAGUCAAAUUACCAGAAGAUGUUAGAAAUCGAUUUAAUCUUAUUUAUCAUGAAACAGUUGAAAGAAUAGAAUUUUCAAAAAGUAGAAAUGAACCUAAACCAAUUACAUUAUUUUCGAGUAUGUUAGAUGAGAGUCAAAAGAAAUUGUCAAAGAUGUUAGUAAUAUUAAAUCAAUUAUCACAAGAAACGAAUUUAGAAGAAGCAGCAAAAUCAUUAAUAUAUUAUUUAAGAAGUGAAGAAGACAUUAAAAUAUUUAUUACACAAUUUGUUAAACGAUGUGUUAAUGAAAACAAAUUUUGUAAAUUAUAUGUACGAUUUAUUCAAACACUUCGACAACAAGUAGGACUAACACAAAAUGUGGCACAAGGAGCAACAAUAUUAAGUAGUGCAUUAUUAGAGAAAGCAUAUGACUAUUUCCAUAAAUUACCUGAGCCAAAAGUAAUUCGGGAAGGAAUGAGUCAACAAGAAAUAGAAGAAUUAAAAGAAGAAGAAUCUAUUGAACAAGUUGAAUAUCGAGGAACAGUUAAUUUAAUAGCAAAUUUAUUUGAAUUAGGAUUAGUUAAUGAACGUCUACCAUUAACAUGUUUACAAGAAUUAUCAAAAGAUGUGAAUGAUAUGAAAAUUGAUGCAUAUAUUACAUUAUGUUCUAAAGUCGGAGAAAAGAUGAUGAAUAGCGAUAAUACAAGUCCAAUAUAUGGAGAAAUUAUUGAAGUCUUUAACAAAGCAAAAGAAUUAGAAAAGAAUAAAAAACUAAGUAAACGAAUUAGGCUAUUAUUAAUGAAUAUUAUUCAAAUGAUGGAAUCUGGUUGGACAAUCUCUCCAUUUGGAUCAAUGCCUCCAACUCCUUUACCACAAACGCCUUCAUUACAAACACCAGGAUUAGUAGCAUCUACUACACCUGUUGUUUCUUCACAUACUCCUGUUGCAUCUACAUAUACACCAACAAAUUCUAAACAAUCUUCAAGUAAAUAUAGACCAAACAGGUCAACAGAAAAAAUAUCACGACCAAAAGCAACAAAAAUUUUUUCAAUGAAAUAG